AUGAAUCCAGCGAGCAGUCCAACGACAUCGCCGAGGCAGCUGGCGUCAUCGCCUAAGCUAUCGAACAAGCUGCUGAACGAAGCAAGACGAACGACCGGCUUCACACUUGAAGGUACACAGUCUGCGCCCGCGACGACCGCCGGCUCGGCAGCGGCUUCCAUCUCCUCAUCGGAAGAUCCAAGUCCUGUGCAGAGUCCAGAUGUAGAGGCCCGCUCGGCAUGGUUGCAUGGCAGACGACACGGCUCGACGAGCUCCAUGACCGAAGUCAGGGCAGCUGCAUCUGGAAACUUAUCCCGCCAUAGCUCCUUUGCAGGCGACAGAAGAGAUUUCAGCGCGGGUUCAACAAUCGCAAAGCCAGAUUAUUCGGAGGCCAAGAUCGUCGUGGCCAUGGUCGGUUUACCUGCGCGCGGCAAGUCUUACCUCAGCAACAAGCUUCAGAGAUAUUUGAGGUGGCUAGAGUACGAUGUCAAAGUCUUCAAUGUAGGACAACUCAGGCGGCAAAAGGCUCAGGCCUGGACACAAAUGUACGGUAACAAGCAGGAUCAUUCUGCGACCUUCUUCGAUAACAAGAACGAGGAAGCCAACAAGCAACGAGAAGAGCUAGCAGCUGAAUGCCUAGAGAGUCUCAUCACAUGGCUCAAAGACGGUGGCAAUGUUGGCAUCCAUGAUGCCACAAAUACCACCCGAGCAAGAAGGCAGACGCUCAUUGACCGAGUGAAGAAGGAGCCGAAUCUACGCCUGAUCUUUCUCGAGUCCAUCUGCACUGAUCCAGAUGUCAUCAGCGCCAACAUUGAUCACAAAGUCGCUUCGGGCGAUCCAGACUACGACGGAAUCCCCAAAGAGCAAGCAAGGAAAGAUUUCCUCAAGCGCAUACAGCAAUAUGAGGCACGCUACGAACCUAUCGACCCGCAAAAAGAUGCUCAGAUGCCUUAUUGCAAGAUCAUCAAUAUUGGCAACCAAGUCAUCGUCAACAAGAUCGAUGGCUACCUGCAAUCCCGCAUCGUCUUCUACCUCAUGAACUUACAUCUGACGCCUCGAGCAAUCUUUGUGACUCGACAUGGCGAAAGCCAGUACAAUGUCGAGGGCAAGAUUGGAGGUGACGCACCGCUGUCGACACGCGGCGCAAAGUACGCUGCCGCCCUGCCAAACCUUGUCAAAGAGCAUAUUGGCGACAAGCCGCUCACCGUUUGGACUUCUACACUACGGCGAACGAUACAGACGGCCGAAGCAUUGCCGUAUACGAAGCUCACUUGGAAGUCGCUGGAUGAGCUGGACGCAGGCGUGUGCGAUGGCAUGACCUAUGAAGAGAUUGAGCAGGAAUACCCAGAAGACUUUGCCGCUCGCGAUGACGACAAGUUCAACUAUCGCUACCGAGGCGGCGAGUCCUACCGCGACGUUGUCGUCCGCCUGGAGCCUGUCAUCAUGGAGCUCGAAAGACAAGAGAACAUUCUGCUCGUCUGUCAUCAGGCCGUCGUUCGAUGCCUGUACGCCUAUUUCCACGGUCUCGAUCAAGAAGAGCUGCCGUACAUCUCCAUACCGCUUCACACGGUCAUCAAGCUCACUCCACGUGCCUUCGGUUGCGACGAGACGCGCUACACGCUCCCUAUCGAGGCAGUGGAUACUCUCAGGCCACGGCCGCUCAAAGAUCCAAAGUCGCCUGUGCUCCGACCAAAGCCAGACGAGUUCGUCUCUCCUUCUACUCGAGCACCAGAACGACAGGUCUUUGACAACCCACACGCAGGCAACCUGCCAAAAUCGGCGACAACGAAGCAGUAG